CCCGCCGCCUGGAAGCCAUCUUCAGCCGACGGACGCACGGUGCCGGGGGGCUCGAUGGCGGCCCAGCCGGAGACCGCCCCGCCGGAGGAUGUCCAGCCGGAGACCGCCCCGCCGGAGACCGCCAAGCCGGAGAAAAAAGCCAAGCCGGGCAAAGGCAAGCCGGAGGAAGCCAAGCUGGAAGACGCCAAGCCAGGGAAAGCCAAGCUAGUGAAAGUCGAGGAGGACGCCAAGCCGGAGGAAGCCAAGCCGGAGGACGCCAAGCCGGAGAAAGCUGCAUGGCGGCGCUCGCUCCCCUUCCAAAAGCGAGCCUUCGACCAGAAGCCCGAGUCCUUGUGGCAGCUGCCCCUGACCGCCAAGCAGGGCCUGGCGGCGGCCACGACCCAGUGCAUCUCCCUGGCGGCCCUCUGCGUGGCCAUCUCCUACCUGAGCUGGGUGGAGCUGGAGUACAGGGCGCACAGCGACGACCGCCUGGUGAUGCGCUGGGCCGUGUCCUACACCUUCGGGGUGCCCUUCAGCCUGCACUCCGCGUACUGGCUGAACACGUCGGCGGAGGAGUUCAACCCGGUGGCGCCCAACUUUUGGGAGCAAGAUAUCAUGCUGUGGGCUCGAGAUGAUUGGACCCAGGUAGAUGGGAUAAUAGCAGGCUCUAUUCUGGCUCUAAUCACGGGCUUCACUUCCUUCCUCCUUGACUUCAUCGAGGUAAAGAAGUUAGGAAGGAAACGUCUGAUCAUUGCAGUUGCCCUACAUAUCUUGACAGCCUUUUUUACUGCCUUCGUCCUGGGGAUGUGUGUUUCGGUCUUAUCCGUGGUCCGGCGUGCCGUGGCCGAAAAGGGGCUCCCGAAAAAGAACUACGUAGCGGUUCUAGGAGUUAGUUUCUACUUGACCACCAUCGCCUUUGCUUUAGCCAGCUUGGCGUCUUUAUUUGCCAUUUGGGCAUUGCUGGUCUACAGGAAAGAACCUGCUCCGUCUUGUCCUCCUCCUCCUCCUCCUCCUCAGCCGCCUGCUGAUCCGGCUCAGAGCGCGUGAAAAAAGGGAGGCAGCAAACUUGGGUCGGGAUCUUCAGCUCUAGGAAACCAGCAACGCUCUCUUCAAGUCAUAGGUGCCCACCCCACACCAGUAGACCAAAUCCUUUCCAGAAAUGGUUUUCAGACACAACACAGACAAGAGAAAGCAACCGGGGAAGGCUUUCGUGGUGCAAUUUCUUAGAAGCACCGUGGCCGUUUGCAUCAGAAGACAUUGCGUGGAGCGAAAGCUUUCCAUGCCUAGGUUCACUCUGCCCCAUUUUUCCCCAGAAGGAGGAAUCUGUUAUUUGCCAUUACUUGCAUUUUGUUCGGUGUUUUAGGGCUUUCAAGUGUGCAGUAGAGUACAUAGCCUUUUAAUUUUGAGCAAUGAAUAUGUGCUAGGAAUAGUAUGUCGUUCAGCGUGCGGAUAUUAGAUUCCCUUAUGUUCUCCUGCAUAAAAAAUUAUUAAAAG